AGUCGCCGCCGGGGCCCAUCGCCUGUCGCCGCGCUCUGCGCACCCACCGCCUUGCGCGGCCAUGGGGACGCUGCUGGCUCUCGUGGUGGGCGCGGCGCUGGGUGAGUGUUGCUGGGGGACACGCGCCGUCGGCGCUCGGGACGCCCCCCGCCCAAGUGGCCGGAGCCGCGCCAAGUCCCGGCCUGGGAAGUUGUGCGGGGUGCGAGGUCGUUGGGGUCGCGGGACCCUGGACGGCACAGAAGGAUCGUGGAGAUGCAAGGGUUUCUCGGGGGGGUGUGGAGGGACACUUGGUACAGAGGUGCCGCCGCGGGCGCCGGGCCGGGGGCGAGGAGACGCGGAGUCAGCUGCUUGCAGAGCCCCGCAGGCUGCAAUGUGACACCCACAGCCGCGUGAGGGGUGGGGGAAGGCAGCGCCUGGGACUGGGGCCCGAAACGAACCGGGAGGCAUGGAUACCGAGUGAGGACUCCGGGCAUGCCCUGGACGUGGAGUAUCCUCAGCCUGGGGGGGCUGCGUGGAGGUGGAUUCCGAUACCGAGGCUGUGUAUGGGAUGACCUUCAAAAUCCUGUGCAUCUCCUGUAAGCGUCGUAGUGAGACCACCGCCGAAACCUUCACGGAGUGGACCUUCCGCCAGAAGGGGACAGAGGAAUUUGUCAAGAUCCUACGCUAUGAGAAUGAGGUGCUGCAGCUGGAGGAAGAUGAGCGCUUUGAGGGCCGAGUGGUGUGGAACGGUAGUCGGGGCACCAAGGACCUGCAGGACCUGUCCAUCUUCAUCACCAACGUCACCUACAACCACUCUGGCGACUACGAAUGUCACGUCUACCGUCUCCUCUUCUUUGAUAAUUAUGAGCACAACACCAGCGUCGUCAAGAAGAUCCACCUGGAGGUGGUGGACAAGGCCAACAGAGAUAUGGCAUCCAUCGUGUCAGAGAUCAUGAUGUACGUGCUCAUUGUGGUGUUGACCAUAUGGCUUGUGGCAGAGAUGGUGUACUGCUACAAGAAGAUUGCUGCUGCUACGGAGGCUGCUGCACAAGAGAACGCCUCAGAAUACCUGGCCAUUACAUCCGAGAGCAAAGAAAACUGUACAGGCGUCCAGGUGGCUGAAUAGCGCUGGCUCUGGGCUCCGCCUCAUGGAAGAGCCAGCCCCUACGGGUACCCUCCCGCCCUGCAGUGGGGAUCAGCCCCUGGUGGGUACCCUCCCCCGGCAGUGGGGAUCAGCCCUUCGGUCUCCCCAGCCUCACAGUUCUGCAGUGGAGCCACGAGGGUGGGAGCGGGCAGGGACUGAUCCCACCUCACCCACCGCCUCCCACCUACCCUCCCACCGCCAUGCAUGAUGGGUGAAGCAAUAUGGCCGCCCCACCCUGCUUUUGCUGCCUGUUUGGGGGAGGGGGCGGUGAGGCGAGGGGGCAGGCCCCGCCCCUUCUUUUUGCUGAUUUGCACAUAGGCCACUUCCCACACGCACUGCCAGGCCAGCCGGCCCCACCCCUGCUUGAUGGGGUCAAGAGGGGUCGGGACAGGGACAGUAGUGGGCAGGAGGUUCUGGGCCUCAUCUCCCCUCCGCUUCCUCCGGCUGGACCUGGGGUUCCCUUCCUGUGACACCUCCUAGCCCUGGCCCACCCGCCCUCUCUCACCAGCCUUCAAUUGUGGUCUCUUGGGAAGGGCCUCUUCGGCCUCCUCUCUUUACAGAAGUAGUUUUUGUUCAUGAAAUAAAGAUUCUUGGACUCGA